GUGUCAUUCAGUCAGUGUCAUGCGUGAAUAGCUAUAAUGACCUAGCUAUAAUCUAUAAUGUGAUUUUCGUUCGAUUCAUGUUUUCUUUCUAUUACCUAUUGAGAAUAUAAACAAGUCUUGAUUUAUUCGUCUCGUUGAUUUCCGAUGUUCCGGUGUAAAAUUAAAUUUCCUUGAGACGUUUUCGUUCACCUUUUGUAUAAUCAUAUUGCACUUUGUGCAAACUGCAUUAUUGUGUCAUUGCUGUGAUUGACAGACGUGUCCAUAAAAUUAAGACAGUUUCCAUGUGCCAGUGGGUUCUCUGGAUGCAAUAAUAAUGGUAAAACAUAAAGAAGAUUCAGAAUCGGAAGAUGCGGACGCGGCGUGCGAGCCGCGCUUCCGCGUGCGCGUGUGCAUGCAGCGCGUGUUCCGCGACGAGCGAGCGCGCGCCUACGUGUGCGUCAGCCCGCGCCGCCGCGUGGCCUGGCUGCAGCGCCGCCUGCGCCGCCUGUUCCGCCUGCCGCCGCACCGCCUGCUCAGCCGCGGCCAUCUGCUGCCGCCCGACGAGCCGCUCGCGCUGCUCGACCGCGACGACCCCGUCGAGGUGGUUCCUGUUUCCACGAAAGUCGACACGGUGCCCGCAGAAGACGUUUUGUACGCUCCCGUUGACGCCGUGCCUAUGGCUACAGGAGAACUCGAACGCUCGCCGUCGCCCGACCGUGUGGACGUACUCACGGAAACCAAGCGGCAGGCUCUCUUAAUGCUGGAACAAUACAGUGCAAAACCCGCGUCGGUCGGGCAGGACGCCCCUGAUGGGCAGGACACGCCAGACGGACAGGAUGCGUCUAGCGCGCCGGACGGGCAAGAUGCGCCGGGCGCGUCGGACGAUUGCGACGCACCGGCGCGGCCGCGGCGUCGUCGCGUGCGCCGCCGCCGCCGCGUGGCGCCGCUCGCCGGGCCGGCGCCGGGCGAGGGCGACUGGGCGGCGGCGGGCGACUGCAUGGCGCCGGGGGCGGGCGACUGCAUGGCGCCGGGGGCGGGCGACUGCAUGGCGCCGGGGGCGGGCGACUGCAUGGCGCCGGGCGCGGGCGACUGCGCGGCGGUGUUGCGCAACGAGCUGCAGCCGCGCGCGCCGCGCGUGGUGCGGCCGCUGCCGCCCGCGGCGCCGCUCUCCUGCCUCGCCUUGCCGCCGCCCAUUGCCGACUUCACGUGAUUGACCUGAAUUAUUAUUAGAUAAUGAUAAGUAUUCUUAAUAAAAUAAUCUUAGUAAUCUUAGUU